AAAUGUUGUAUAAUUGAUGCAGCUGGCGAAUGCGCAACAUCUGUGCCGCGUGCUUCAAACCACCCGUCAAAAGGUCAUUCGAGGCAAACGGUGAAUGCUGAUGUUACAGUGAGAACAUUAUCAAGGAAAAAAGAUGGUGCGCUUGUGUGUGUGUCCAUUGAUUUUGGUACGACAUACAGCGGCUAUGCAUACGCCUUCAGACAUAGUCCCAAUGAAAUUAUCGGGAGGGGAAGAGGACAACCUGUUAAGUUUCCAACGUCUGUGCUUCUCAAUCCCCAAAAGAAAAUGGUUGCCUUUGGAGAAGAUGCAAAAACCUUAUAUCAUGGGCUUGUGAAAACCCAAGAAUACAAAAGCUGGUAUUUGUUCGAACUCUUUAAAAUGGCUCUCUUCGUCCAGAACAAGCCAUUGGAGAAGAAUAUAAUGAUCGAGGAUAUUCUGGGAAACAAAAUGAAAGCCGUCGAAAUUUUCAGCCUCGCUAUAGAAUACAUAAAAACAGAGGUUAUCAACACUCUUACAGACGAAACCAGAAUGAACAAAGCUACAAUCAACGUUAUGACAGAUAUUCAUUGGGUUCUUACAGUUCCUGCAAUAUGGAAUGAUCUUUCAAAAAAAUUCAUGAGAGAUGCUGCAACACGUGCAGGUAUUCCGGACGAGAUGCUGACUCUAGCACUGGAGCCUGAAGCUGCAUCUUUGUUCUGUAAAGAACAACUUGGUGUAGGCACACUGCCUUCUGGCCAUCGCUAUAUGGUCUUAGAUCUCGGAGGUGGUACUGCAGAUAUCACCGUCCACCAAGUAAAUGAUGACGGCACAUUGUCUGAAAUUCAUCAACCUACUGGAGGAGACUUUGGUGGGACAAACGUUGACAAUAAAUUUGUCGGGAUAUUAGUUCAGAUAUUUGGCGCAGAUAUCUUUCAAAAAUUUAAGAAAGAUUGCAUGGAUGAAUAUCUUGAUUUCAUGCAGAAUUUCGAAAUAAAGAAACGAAACUUUGAUGGCAGCACAAAGCUGAUACUACGCUUUCCAAUUAAACUAAGAGAGAUGUAUGAACAAGAUGUAGGUGCAUCUGUUGAAUCCUCCGUGAACCAAACACUUUUUGGAAAUAAGUUGGAAUUCAUACUUGACAAACUAGUUAUAAAUGUUGAAUUGGCAAAAACACUGUUUGAUGAGGCCGUUGGUAAUAUAGUUCGAACCGUAGAGGAGUUAAUGGUCGCUGUGAAACCAAUUUACCAUAUUUUACUGGUAGGUGGAUUUUCUGAAUCACCUUAUUUGCAGUCUGUCAUGAGAAAAACGUUCGAUGUGGCCUUCGGAGGAGAGGCGAAAGUUAUUAUUCCAAACGAACCCUCAUUAGCAGUUGUGCAUGGGGCUGUCUUAUAUUGCCUUAAGCCAUUUGCGAUCGCGGCGAGAGUUUGCAAGUAUACAUAUGGAAUCGCCCGAUUAAUGAGAUUUGAAGAGGGCCAUCCGGAUAACAAAAAGGUCCGCAUUGGGGACAAGUAUUAUUGUGAUGAUAUAUUUAAUAAGCAUAUCGAAAUUGGGACACAAAUCAAUAUUGCGAAUGCUGAAAUUGUAAAGGCGCAAACAUAUUACCCUUCACGAUCAGACAUGAAACAGGCUGUUCUGGAGGUCUAUGCGAGUCCUCAUAAGGAUCCGAAAUAUAUUGAUGAAAAUGGUUGCCAAUUUGUGGGGUUAAUAAAAUUAGAUAUCGAUCCCAAGGGUGACAUGUACUCGGAGCUGUUGGUAAAGUUGAUGUUUGGUGGUACCGAGCUACGGAUUCAGGUCACAGAUGUUAAACAAAACAUUGUUACAAACGCGUGUGUUGAUUUUCUUGGAUAGAGCGGUUGCUCUCACAUGGUGGAAAUGUUAUGCAUAUCGUAGACUUCUGUGUGGUUUGCUUAGCUGUUUGAUGUUUAAGGAUGUAUAGAUUAUUAUAUAUGUUUUUUGCUUAUCCUUUGAGAAUUGUUCGGCCAUGUUCAGUAUAUGUUGGGUUUUCACGAGACGCGCCAGUAAUGUGUCCAUUGUUUGUUUACUGCUUAAGUUAUAUUUCAAUUAAAUUUAAUCGUAGUUGCUCUAUCAGCAUGGAUGUGUAUAUCGACAUCCUGUCAUGCCAGAAGCUUCACCUUUAAUCCGGGAUGUGUCCCAGCAAAUCCUACAUAAUUAACUCCCUAGAUUUGCAAAAUGUCAUAUAAAUAUAUAUAUAUAUAUACUGUGUGUACAGUAACAACUGUAUAUGAGAUAAUAAUUUAAUUGACAAUACGUAGAGAGAGAUGCUCUUUUUCUGUUGUUAGAAGUGCACAUUUCUGUUUAUAUGGUAUUAUUUGAGUUUAUUAUUUCAAUGUAUUUAUGUCAAUUUUACGUGGCAUUUUACUUACUUUAUAUUAAUGACUGUGAUUAGAACUUAUAUCGAACGAUUUAUACUUGGUUUGUUUUAAAAAUUGUAUUGUUAUUAUGUGUGUGUCUUUGUAUAUAAAUAUAGUUUACACAUAUAUAAAACGAAUCUCAUCUAUUUUUAAACAUUUAUUUAUUUUUGAUAUUUUUUAAUACUUUAUGCCUAUAUUUUAAUUGAAAACCACAAAAAAAUCUUGCAGCCCACGGUGAUGAUUUAAGUGAGUUGUUCAUUUUUCAGAAAUAUUAACUCGACGUGGGUCUAUUGUUGUUAGUAUUUGUAGAUGUUUUAUUGUUUGCAACAUUUGUCCGGUUAUAUAACAGCGGUCAGUUAAUAUACACGUUUCUGUGUAAACUGGAUUACCAAUACCACGUGACGAACGUCCUACUUGAAUCAGUAGGUGGAGAUGGUCUAUAUUUACCAGCGGUGAUGGCAGAGUUAUCAAUCUGUAUGCUUAUAUACUAUUUAGUACUUACCAAGCGCAUUCAAACUCUCGUUUAUCAAUGUUAAUGAGUCAUGGGGAAAACAAUUUGACAUCACUUUCGUAAAUAAUCAAUUCGCAAGUUAACCCUAUGUUGAGCUCGUUGAUGUGUUUGCGAAUGUUCAUUUUUAUCUCGGACUUUUGUUCGGAAAAAAAUAUCCUACCUCAAUAUGAUGGUGUUUGUAUUGAUUUAUUUUGCAUUUACUUUAUUGUACUCUUUCAUAUAUAUUUCAGUAUAGUUUAUCGAUAUCAUUAUGUGUGUUUGAUCAUUAUUUAAUUUAAUGAAAUGGUGUGUUUUUUCGGAAUGAUUAUACAAUAUAUGAUGUUUAAAAACACCGACUUUGUGUCAAAAUAAGUUAAUGUUUGUGUUUUGUUUCGAAUACAGAUAUCGGAGACCGCUCCUUUUCAGAGAGUAAAUUACCAUGCAAAGAUAUUCGGUCAUCAUCGUCGUGUGUUUGAAUUUCGAAUUCCCGUGUUUUAAAUAUACGAACAGUUUGAUGGAAUUAUUGCAAAUAACCACAGGCUAACAUACAUGUUUAAUGUUUGAAAUCCUUCGGCUUAUCGGACU